GUAGAUGAUCAGGAAAAGGAAGAGGUGGACGGCGCACAGGUUCAUUUGAAUUCACUAUCGCCACCGGCAAAAAGCACCAGAGUGAAGGGUGAGACUGAAGCAGAUGACGAAACCGGUACCGUCGAGAACGCCAUUUUCGUCGAUGAAAACACGAUGAAGCGCUGCUUAGGGCUCGAUCAUCAGACAUUAACUCAUGAUCGUAAUCGCAGCAAUGAAGUAGACGAAGACAACGACUGGCCGAAUAACUACACUAACACAUCAGGAAACCUAGAUGCCGCCUUGACGCUCUUUCGUCGAACCUCUUUUGGCAUCCUGUUGGCACUCGCGACCGAGCGAGCUUUGCGUAGCGAUGAUCCAGAACUAGCCGCCAAGCUCGAAGAGUUGCGAAGCCUGCUGACGAAGCUUAUAGAACACUUUGAAGGUGAAUCCAGUGAUGAGAUGAAUUACGCCAACGUUAGAUCCCGCAAGCGCAAAGAUAAG